AUGAAGUUUGGCGAGCAGCUUCGGUCGAGUGUGAUCAAAGAGUACCAAUGGUACUACAUUGCAUACGAUGAACUGAAAGAGAAGCUCAAGACUACAUUUGUUUCCACUCCAAACAAAAACAAGUCGAGCUCGAAGAGGGUAGAAUGGACGGAAGCCAAUGAGAGAGAGUUUAUUGAUCUUAUGGAGGCAGAGCUAGACAAGGUGCAUACCAAACAGAAGCUGAAGGCUAUCGAAAUUAGUCGAAGGAUUGCAAACGCGGAUAGAGAAGUUAGUGAAGUUGUCGGGAGGUUAGAUUCGAGAGGACCUGAACGUAGCAACGGAUCCGCAGAUUCUGAUGUUCCUACGGAGGAAGAGUUUAUGCUAUUGGAGGAAGAUUUGAGCGACAUUAUCGCAGAUGUACAUGAUUUGGCCAAAUUUGUGCAGUUGAAUUAUACUGGGUUCCAAAAAAUCAUCAAGAAGCAUGACAAAACUACCAAGUGGAUGCUAAAACCUGUAUUUGCGACAAGAUUAAAGGCGAAGCCUUUCUUCAAAGAUAACUAUGAUGCGGACAUUGUUAAGCUGUCCAAAUUAUAUGACUUGGUUAGAACAAGGGGAAAUCCGGUACAGGGUGAUAGUUCGGCAGGUGGAAGUCAAGCCAGUUUCAUCCGACAAACAACCAAAUACUGGGUGCAUCCGGAUAACAUCACAGAGUUAAAACUCAUCAUAUUGAAGCACUUACCCGUCCUUGUCUUCAAUGCCAGUAAAGAAUUCGAAGCAAAAGAUUCUGCGAUCACUUCGAUUUAUUACGACAACCCUGAUACCUGGGAGCUAUACGAGGGUCGACUCAAGAAAAGCGAAGGCGCAGAGGCAAUUCGUCUGAGAUGGUACGGUGACAUCGACAAUGAGCACAUUUUUGUGGAAAGGAAAACCCAUCGUGAGGAUUGGACGGGAGAGAAAUCAGUUAAAGCAAGAUUUGGGAUCAAAGAAAAGAACGUCAAUGCGUAUAUGAAGGGAGAAAUCCUACCUGCUGCUAUAUUUGAGAAAGCUCGCAAGGAGGGCAAGAAACCCCUGAAAGCCAUUGAGGAGGACGAGAGGCUUGCUAGGGAAGUUCAAUACUCGGUUCUCAAAAAAGGUUAUGUACCUGUCUGUCGAUCCUUCUACAACCGUACAGCUUUCCAAUUACCUGCCGACGCAAGAGUUCGUAUCUCCUUAGAUACUGAAUUGACCAUGGUUAGAGAAGAUAACCUUGACGGAAGAAGACGUGCUGGCGAUAACUGGCGAAGAAUGGAUAUCGGUAUUGACUAUCCAUUCAGUCAAUUACCCGCAGAAGACGUCGAAAGAUUCCCCUAUGCAGUCCUUGAAGUCAAGCUACAAACUCAAGCUGGUCAAGAACCACCUGAAUGGGUGCGAGAACUCAUUUCUAGUCAUCUUGUUGAAGCUGUUCCUAAAUUCUCAAAAUUCAUUCAUGGUACGGCCACUCUCUUCCCAACUCGCAUAAAUCUUAUACCCUUCUGGAUGCCACAGAUGGAUGUAGAUAUCCGCAAGCCAGUUACUCAGCAUUUUGGUAUCAAACGACCAGGGCAUUCAAACCCAAGUUCUACAAGUGAUGACGACGACGAUGAUGAUUCUGAUGACGAAGACUUUAAUUUCAAUCAGUCUGGGUCCGGGACUAUUGCCGCUGCUUCCGAGAAUCUACGACGACGCAACCAUGAAGCACGAGGCAACAAUCUUGAUGUUGAGGAGGAAAUUGCCAGCAUGCCAUUGUUGGAAGAAGACUACAUCUACGAUACUGAUGAUGAGGAUUCCAUUGAUAAUCGUCCAUUUGAGAGGCACAGAAAACUUGGCGGUCUUGCCUUUAUAACAGAAGGCAUCAAGAAUUAUGCCAAAUCUGCAGCGCAUCAAUUAUCUCGAGGAGUUCAUUCCUUAAGCCCUGCUCCUAGAGAUCCCAUGGAUAGUAACAAUGCUACAUUUACAGCUCUAAGGAAUGGUGGUGGUAAAGUUGUGGCUAAGAAGUUCAAAGCCCCACCUGGAAAGAAGAUUCAUGUACCGGUUCGUGUUGAACCAAAGGUAUAUUUCGCCGCUGAGAGGACAUUUUUGACCUGGCUCGAAUUCUCAAUCUAUAUCGGUACAAUUGCCGCCACACUCGUCAAUUUCGGAGCGAAACCUACAGCGAUAUCCUUCAUCGCUGCUGGUUUUUUCUCCUUAGUAGCUAUUAUGAGUUUGUCCUAUAGUGUGGGUAUGUACUUGUAUAGGAGUAAUAGUAUUAGGCAGAGGAAGAACAUCAAGUAUUAUGAUGCUUGGGGGCCGAGUAUCCUGUGUGCGUCGCUAUUUGCGGCGGUGGUGGUUAAUGCCGCGUUUCAAUUAAAUGCCAAGGAUUGA